GCCUUACGGGUACGGAUUAGACAUACAGGCUUGUAGCUGUGCAAGUAGAUUCGAGCUUGAAGGGUAAUGUCGAUGUACCAGAAAGCAGCGAUUGGCGCCCUCGGGGCGGUGGGUACUUCAUACGCAGCCUACAAGCUGAUGUUUCCGUGGCUAGCUCUAGACUCCAAAGACAUUGCCAUGAGGGAAAAGUUUAUGGAGUUUGUCACAAAAAGCGUGGAAAACAAGUUGUUCAUCAUUGAGAGGUUUGAGCGUCAUGUUACAGAGAACCCAGACAAGUACUUCGUUAUUUUCGAAGACAGAUUAUACACAUAUCAACAGGUGGACGAGGAGGCCAAUAAGAUCGCACGAGUUGUAAAGACGUGGAAUCUUCAGAAAGGAGACUUGGUGGCCUUGUAUAUGAGCAAUGAGCCAGCAUUUGUAUGGACAUUUCUGGGUUUUCAGAAGUUGGGUAUUCCUGUCAGUCUUCUCAAUUGCAACUUGACGCACGCGCCCUUGGCUCACUGUAUAAAUGUGUGCGAUGCUAAGGCUGUUGUGUGUAGUGGAGACCCAGACUUGGUAAACGCCUUAGGAGAGAUCCGGUCGUCUAUAUCCGGGAUUCCAGUUUACGUUCACGGGACAGACAGCAGUUCUCUCCCCUCGUCCUUCACCUCGCUGCCGGAACUUGUGGCCACAGUGCCUGGAGACCAAACACCCAAGGAAUGGCGGACACAAAUUCAAAACUACGAUCCUCUUGCUUACAUCUACACAUCAGGGACUACAGGCCUGCCGAAACCUGCUCUGCUAACUCAACUGAAGGGUAUCGUCAUGGGCGAACUUCUGAGGGCGCAGGUGAACCUGUCGGAUGAAGACAUCAUGUAUACCUGUCUGCCCCUCUACCACUCCACAGGAUUCUACGUGGGUUUAUUUAACGUUAUAGCUAGAGGGGCGACCGUCGUUCUCAGUCGGAAGUUUUCCUCGUCUCACUUCUGGGAGGAUUGUCGUAAACAUAAAGUCACCGGUUUCCAGUACAUUGGGGAGUUGUGUCGGUUUCUACUUCUCAGACCGCCACAUCCGAAAGACGGUGAGCACUGUAUCCGAUUUGCCUACGGGAACGGCCUUCGAGAGGAUAUAUGGGAAGAAUUCCAGACCAGAUUUAAAAUUCCACAUAUUUUUGAAUUUUUUGCUGCGACAGAUGGUCCGAGCGGUUUCGUUAAUCUUCACAACAAAAAAGGAGCUAUAGGACGAUUAUCUCCAUAUGUGGCCUGGCGGGAUAACUUCUCGCGGAUCCUGGUUAAGUUUGAUCUGGCCACGGCGGAACCAAUCAGGGACAAAAACGGCAGAUGCAUCCGAGUAAAGACGGGUGAACCAGGCCUGCUGCUUACGGCCUUCCCGCCCUACAUUAAGCCGGAUGAUAUUUACCUGGGAGACAAGAAGCAGGUGGAGAAGAAGCUGGUCCGUGACGUCAUGGUUAAGGGAGACAUUUACUUUAACUAUGGUGACAUUCUCUACCAGGAUAAAGAUUACUUCGUCUACUUCACUGACCGGAUAGGGGACACGUUCAGAUGGAAGGGUGAGAAUGUGUCCACAUUAGAAGUCGCUAAUGUUUUGUCCACGCUGGAUUUUGUACUGGAUGCCAAUGUAUACGGCGUGACGGUGCCAGGUCAUGAUGGUAGGGCUGGUAUGGCCUGUGUUGUGCUGAAAGACAGAAGUGCCGAAUUGAAAGAUGACUUACGCAAAGCUAUUUACCGCCAUUGUGUAGACAACUUACCGAAAUAUGCCAGGCCCCUUUUCCUGAGAAUACAAACGGAUAUGCUGUUGACUUCAACGCACAAACAGAAGAAAGUAGAGCUUGUAAAGGAAGGAUUUGACAUAAACAAGAUUCCACACAGUUUGUAUGUCAUAGACAACACUGCCCAGACGUACGUUCCACUAACCGAACCAUUGUUUCUCAGACUGAUGGCGGGAAAUUCGAAACUGUAAUCUUUCU